AUGUCAGCUCCGAGAUCAAUUCCAUCCAUCCCAUCUUUAGCAGAAUUACAAAAACGUUCAGAGCAAUUCACUUCUUCUGGGACAUCUUAUCUUCCAUCUUAUUCACCUUCAUUAGAUAAACUUAAGGAAAACUUUCUUUCAUCGGAAGACUUGCCAAUACCUGAAAAAAGCAUUUACAGUGAUAUAUCCACUACUCAAUCGAGCAAACUACCUCGUAGUAGUAUCGGAUACGACAUUCAAGGUCACGCUCGUGAUCAAAGUCAAAGUACAUCAUGGUAUAUAGAACCACCACCUGAAUCUCAUGAAAACGAUUUUGAUCUUCAUCAUGAUCCAAUUCAUAGAGCUGGAACAAGUCGUAAACUGAUUAAAAGUCAUAAAGGGUUUAAACCUGUUCAGGAAGGUUUACCUUUUGAAAAGCCAAUACCAUCAAUGGUCAAAAGUAGGAUCUACGCUGAGAGCGUUUCUAGUUUAACACAACCAUGCAUCAAGGAUAUGCGUGAAAACAAAGAUGAAACAACUUGGCUCGAUUGGAUCACUUGUCGAAUCUGUACUUGA